CAGAUGGCGCGUUGUUUAGUGUGAGCGUCUCCACCACACGCACACUCUAUUCUCUCUCGACGCCCCUUCUCCCAUGGCGUUUUCUUCAUCCAUCGUCUCCUCCUGCAUACCUCGUACGGGGAUAUUGAGACUGCAGUUGAACAAUGGCUGCUGUUGAAGUAUCUACGCCGGCGGCGGCGGCAAUCGGGCUCGAGACGGGGAUGAAGAGCAGCGGAGUUUUCUCGCGCACGCUGCGGAUGCCGAUGUUCAGGCGGCAGGAGAAGAAGGAUGUUGUGGCGGCUAAAAAGGGCCCGUCGUACUGGGACCUCCUCUUCCGUUCAGGGGCGGAACCCUUUGACUGGGUGCUACUAGGCCUCGGCACUGCCGCUGCCCUAGGAGCUGGCGUGCCGUUCCCCCUGCUCGGAAUCCUUUUCGGUGAGCUCGUCGAUAAUCUGGAUAGCACUCAAUGCGCAGCCGACGAUACUGCGAGCUUCGGCCUCACGGCAGCCAUUCAGCAUAAGGUCCUCCUCGUCGUCUACGUCACAAUCGCCAACUUUGUCCUCAUUUACGCACACACCUCGUGCUGGAGUAUCCUCUCGGAGCGCAUCGUCCGGCGUCUACGCAAACAGUACCUCGCCGCCAUCCUGCGCCAGGAACUAGCUUUCUUCGACACUCUCGCCUCUGGUGAGGUGGCCUCACGUCUCGAUGCUGACUUGCAGGCAAUUCAGACGGGAACUUGCGAGAAGGUCGGCAUCUGCAUCUCAUCCUUCUCCUACUUCCUUGCCGCAUAUGUCGUGGCCUUCAUCAAAGCCCCAGCACUCGCAGGCAUGCUCAUGUCCAUCGUCCCCGCCUUCCUCCUCAUGGCCCUCGGCGGCGGCCACUGGGUCAAGAAGUAUGCGAGCGCGGGAACGGACCACGUCGCAGCCGCAACCGGGGUCGCUAGCGCUGGACUGAGCAAUAUGACCAUCGUGCAUGCGUUUGGCGCUAACUCACGCCUCGAGCGCAUGUUUGCCGAGCAUCUGAGCAAGGCGCAGGUUCAGGGCAUCAAGAAGUCGAUCGUCAGUUCCAUCCAGCUGGGGUUGCUGUAUUUUAUUGCGUACUCGGCGAAUGCGCUGGCGUUUUGGCAAGGGUCGAAGCAGAUUGCCAAUGCGGUAGCGAGUAAGACGAGCGGAACGAGCGUGGGGGCGGUUUAUACCGUUAUUUUCAUCUUGGUUGAUGCAUCUUUUAUUAUCAGUCAAGUGGCGCCGUUUUUACAGCUGUUUGCGACGGCGGCGGUUUCGUAUGGGAAGGUAGUUGAGACUAUUGAUCGCCCGUCAAGGAUUGAUGGGACAUCGGAUGAGGGGCUCGUGCUCCCAGCGGUUGCGGGCGAGAUUGAACUGAGAAAUGUCGGUUUUGCCUAUCCGUCUCGUGCGGAUGUGCCUGUCAUCCAUGAUUUGUCUUUGGUUAUACCGGCAAAUAAACAUACGGGAAUUGUGGGACUAUCAGGGAGCGGUAAGUCAACUUUGGCUGCGCUGAUCGGGAGGCUCUACGACCCUAUCUCUGGCGAAGUCUUGAUCGACGGCCAUAACCUCCGCGACGUCAACGUACGUAGCAUCAGGCGUCACAUUGGAACCGUUGCUCAGAAUUCAUCGCUAUUCGAUAGGUCUGUCCUAGAGAACAUCGCGCACGGCCUUAUCAACUCCCCCAGCGCGGGACAUGCCCAACUACAGGACGCGCUCGUCGACGACAGCCUGGUCGACUUUGUCACACGAGUACGGAGAGGUAAAACAGUCGAGGAGGUUUUGAGCGACAGCUCACCGGAGACGCGACAGAUUUACAAUCUUGCAGUAGCCGCCGCCGAGGACGCCAAUGCACUGCGCUUUAUUGAGAAUUUCCAGUAUGGUUUCGCGACAUCAGUUGGCUCGACCGGUAGUCAGCUAUCAGGUGGGCAGAAGCAGCGCGUUGUCCUUGCACGCGCGCUGAUUAGACAGCCUUCAAUUUUGAUCCUGGACGAGGCGACAGCGUCGCUUGAUUCUAUUAGUGAGCGGAUUGUGCAAGAGGCGCUGGAGAGGGUGACGGACUCGAGCCGGACUACGAUUACGAUUGCACAUCGGCUGUCGACUAUUAAGAAGGCGGAUAACAUUGUUGUUAUGCGCGACGGGCGGAUCAUCGAGCAAGGGCCUCACGCGGAGUUGCUUGGUGGGGAUGGACCAUUUGCGACUAUGGUGAGGUUACAGAAUGCUGGAACGGUGGCGGAUGAUGCGGUUUCGUCACGGAAUAUGUCGUUUGAUAUUGCAUCUGCAGACAAGCCAAAUGCAUAUGGAUUAUCGAAAGACACGCUGGUUGAGCUACCCCUUGAUGAUACCUCAGAGAAACCCGAGGAAUCGAAGCUAGGGAGACCACAUAUCUCUAACCUUGCAGGUGUCCUAAUAAUGGGGCGCCCAUACAUCGGCUUCAUACUCCUUGGAGUUAGCGCCGCCAUCAUUGUCGGAGGCUCCUACAGCGCCGAGGCGGUUAUCUUCGGAAAAACUGUAGGCGAGCUGUCGGCCUGCAAAGAGCCUUCUAGCAUCAGCUCCAAGGGCGCCUUCUUCGGUCUAAUGUUCUUUGUCCUCGCGCUCAUUGAGUUCUGUGCAAACAUGAUCUCCACCGCCUCCUUCGGACGCGUGGCCGAGAAGAUGCUUACCCGCGUGCGUAUCCUUUGUCUGCGCUUCCUCUUCCGCCAGGACAUCCAGUGGCACGAGGAAGAGGAACGCACACCAGCCAAACUUCUUGCAUAUAUUAGUAGCGAUGCGAAUGCGAUGGCGGGGCUGACGGGCACAAUUCUCGGUGUCAUCCUAGCGAUUUUAAUCAACAUGAUUGCGGGUAUUGUUCUCGCGCACAUCGUGGCCUGGAAGAUCGCCGUUGUCCUGCUGUCGAUGAUUCCCAUCCUACUAGCAUCAGGUUAUCUACGCCUCCGCAUCGCGGCAUCGUUCCAUUCUCGUCAUCAGAAGGCGUUUGCGUCUUCGGUUGGCCUCGCAACGGAGGCGGUCGGUUCGAUGACAACCAUUGCCUCGUACUCUCUUGAAGACGAGACAUUGCAUGUUUAUGAGCGCUCGCUACGUGGGCCAUAUAAGGCCACACUAAAGGCUAUUGCACAUGGAAAUUUUUGGCUAGCCAUGGCUUACAGUAUUGGUAACCUGGUCUACGCUCUCGCCUAUUGGUGGGGUUCACGCCAGAUUGUCGCAGGUCUAUAUUCUCCAACGCAAUUCUUCACCACACUUCCCGCUCUACUUUUCUCCGCGCAGUCUUGCGGCCAGCUUCUAUCCCUUGCGCCGGAUGUAUCGAAGGCCACGGUGUCAGCUGGACGAGUGCUUGCGCUUCUUCAGUCUAAACCCAGCGACAGCGGGCAGUCGAAUUUCCACAAGAACCCGAAGAAUAUUGGUGGCAGUGAUGACUCGGACGCAGAAGCCGGAGCGGAUGUAGACGACGAGAAGGUCGGCUCCAAUUACCUGAACGCCCCCCGCGGUGCUGCCAUCCACUUCAAGAAUGUACAUUUCAACUACCCCUCGCGGCCGUCCAUCCCUGUCCUCCAAGGCCUCACCCUCUCCAUCCCAGCCAACAGCUUUGUUGCCCUUGUUGGCCCCUCCGGCGCCGGCAAAUCAACCAUCAUCUCCCUCCUCGAGCGCUUCUACUACCCCUCGAUGGGCAGCGUCACCAUCGACGCGCGCGAUAUCGCGCGCGCACCUCACUCCUUCCGCGACGCCAUUGCGCUUGUACCCCAGCACAGUGCUCUCUUCGAGGGAACGUUACGCUUCAACCUAGAAAUUGGAGCUCGUCCGGGUACUAUCCCUAGCAUGGCGGACAUUGAAGCCGCCUGCCGCCUCGCGCAUAUCCACGAUACCAUUAUGGCAUUGCCGCUCGGCUACGAGACGCCGUGCGGGCCGCGCGGAAACCAGUUUUCCGGAGGACAGAUGCAGCGACUUGCUAUUGCCAGGGCGUUGGUAAGAAAGCCAAGGUUGUUACUGUUAGAUGAGAGCACGAGUGCGUUAGAUGCUGAGAGCGAAGCGGGUUUGCAGGCUGCACUGGAGGGCGCAACAAGAGCAGUUACGGUGGUGGCGGUAGCGCAUCGGAUGAGGACUGUUAGGGGGGCGGAUUGCAUUUUUGUUAUUGAUGGAGGAGUGGUAGUGGAGGGGGGACGGCAUGAGGAGUUAGUGGGGAGGAGUGCGGCGUACAGGGAGAUGGUUGCGCACCAGACUCUGGGACUGUAACGAGGUAAAUGGAGGCGGGAUCAGAGGAAUAUGGGUUUUAUUACUGGAGUUUGGGGGGAGUAAUGGUAAAUAUCGCGGAAAUUAUAUUAAAGGAUAGAUAGAGGUUUGGCAUAUACAAAAGUCAC